CCGAGCCAGCAGCGGGCGGAGAGUCCCGCAACAGAAAAGCAUAAACAUGAGACCGAGGAGCACGGCAGACGCGAGAGCAGGAAACGUUUGAUUUCAACAGACGUAGCUAAGUGAACCAGUGCCAGCGACCAAAUAAUAGCGCUUCUUUUGCCUCUAACGGGAUUUUUUGGAAACACCGCACUUCAAUUUUUGGAGCACGGAAGGCGCAUAAAAGGCGAAUACUCGCAGCUUGCACAAAAAAGGACUGAGAGACGCGGGGGAGACAGAGAGAGGGGAGAGAGGGAGACAGAGAGACGCAUAAGUCCAGAAAAGAAAGUUGUUUCGCAAAACAAACCAGAGGGAACUCCGAGAGUGUGAUAGCAUUGCGCACUAAAACCAUGCCGUCUCUUUACAGCGUGGGAUAGUUGCUCUUUCUCACAGUUUAACGGAUCGUUCAUUUAGCGGUUUGUAAUCCUCAACAAAAGUUUGUCGUGUGGGACGUGUAAACCAAUACACCAGAAAUCCGGACAUUUUUACGGGAACUGCAAAGCCGUUUAUAUGCCAGUUUAGAACGGCGUGUUCCUUUCAAUAGGGUCCUUUCGACAAGGGUUUAUCUCUCAGGAUUGAUUUUGGGAAAUCGGGACUGGGUUUGGAUUAUAUCUUUUUCAUUUUUUUUUGCUACAUGGCCUCCUCCAGGAUGUAUCUUCUAGCGAAAUGUAUCCUCACCUUCCAACUUAUGAUCUUGAUUGCAAAGAACAGCCGGGCGUUGUUGUGCCUGCCCUGCGACGAGUCGAAAUGCGAGGAACCGAAGCAGUGCAAGGGGGCCGUGGUGCCUGGCAUCUGCGGGUGUUGCACGGUAUGCGCCAAGCAGAAGAACGAGAGCUGCGGCGGCAUGUACGGGUUGUAUGGGACUUGCGACCGGGGGCUCCGUUGCGUGAUCAGACCACUGGUCAACGGCGGAUUCAUCACGCAGUUCGAGGUUGGAGUUUGUGAAGAUGAAAACUGGGAUGACGACCAGCUUUUGGGAUUCGAGCCGUGCAACGAGAACCUGCUGAGCGGCUGCAACAUCAUCGAUGGGAAGUGCGAAUGUGAUAGCCUCCGGACCUGCAACAACCCCUUCGAGUUCCCCAGCCAGGAUACCUGUCAGACUGCCCUAAAGAAGAUAGAAGAUGAGCGACCCGACUGCUCGAAGGCCCGCUGUGAGGUGCAGUUCUCCCCGCGCUGCCCCGAGGACUCUGUGCUGAUCGAGGGCUACGCCCCCCCGGGGGAGUGCUGCCCGCUGCCCAGCCGCUGCGUCUGCAGCCCUGCCGGGUGCCUGCGCAAGGUGUGCCAGCCGGGCUACCUCAACAUCCUGGUGUCCAAGGGCUCCGGCAAGCCAGGGGAGUGCUGCGACCUGUACGAGUGCAAGCCAGUGUUCAGUGUGGAUUGCACCACGGUGGAGUGUCCACCCAUCCAGUCGCUCCAGUGUCCCCCAGACAGCUACGAGACACAGGUGCGACUCACCGCAGAUGGCUGCUGCACACUGCCCACAAGGUGUGAGUGUCUACCAGGCUUGUGCAGCCUCCCAGAGUGCCCUGCUGGAGCCUCUUCUCAGGUGGUGUCCCAUGGCGACGGUACCCCGGGGAGGUGCUGCGAUGUGAUGGAGUGUGUCAACGAGACCAAGCCGGCGUGCACCUUCAACGGUGUGGAGUACCAGGAUGGGGACAUGUUCCGCAUGGACUCCUGCCGCUUCUGCCGCUGCCAGGGGGGAGUGUCGGUCUGCUUCACCGCCCAGUGUGGCAUCCUGCACUGCGAACGCUACUACGUCCCUGAGGGGGAGUGCUGUCCAGUGUGUGAAGACCCCAUCUACCCGGUGCUGAACUACGCUGGCUGCUAUGUGAACGGGCAGAUCCUGGCGCAUGGCGACCAUUGGCGCGAGGACGACUGCACCUUCUGCCAGUGCGUGAGUGGCGAUGCCCGCUGCGUGGCGGCCGCCUGCGGGCACAGCUGCCUGAACCCCGUCACCGUGCCCGGAGAGUGCUGCCCCGUCUGCGAAGAGCCGUCCUACAUCACCAUGGCGCCCCCUGCCUGUGGCGUGCUGAAGAACUGCUCCCUGGCAGAGCUUGACUGCCUCUACGGCUUCCGCCUGGAUGUCAAUGGCUGCCGCACCUGCCACUGCAAAACCCGAGAGGAGUUGUGUAGCGGCCUGAUCGCAGGCUGCACCCUCAAGUGCCCGUUUGGCUUCCAGACCGACGCCCAUGGCUGCGCGGUGUGCCAGUGUCGCCCACGGCCCAAGAAGUGCAAGGCGGUAGCCUGCGACAAGGAGUGUCCUUUCGGCUUCAUAAAGAACAAGCACGGCUGCGACCUGUGCCGCUGCAAGAAGUGUCCGGAGCUACCAUGUGACAAGUCCUGUCCAAUGGGCUUCCAGCAGGACCAGCUGGGCUGUCUGAUUUGUCAGUGCCGAGACCAGGCCGCGUCGUCUGUGGCUCCACCGGUGAAGCUGGGCUCCUGCCUGUCCAUGGACGGCCGUCGCCACGAGAACGGCGAGAACUGGCACGACGGCUGCCGCGACUGCUACUGCCACAACGGCCGCGAGAUGUGCGCCCUCAUCUCCUGCCCCGUGCCCGCCUGCGAGAGCCCUACCAUCCGCCCCGGGCAGUGUUGCCCCACAUGCCCAGAUGAGCCGAGUUCCCACAAGCCUGUGCUGAGUGACUCGUCUGUGUGCCUGGCGCCCGGCGGCGAGUACUUUGUGGAGGGCGAGACCUGGAACAUCGACGCCUGCACGCAGUGCACCUGCCACAGCGGCCGCGUGCUGUGCGAGACCGAGGUCUGCCCACCCCUGCUCUGCCAGAACCCAAUCAGGUCGCAGGACUCCUGCUGCCCGCACUGCCCCGAGGAGCCUGUGACACCGCAGUCGCCCACCAACGACAGCAUGCCCAGCUACUGCCGCAACGAGGAGGGCGACAUCUUCCUGGCGGCCGAGUCCUGGAAGCCCAACACGUGCUCCAGCUGCGUGUGCCAGGACGGCGCCAUCAGCUGCUUCGCCGAGACCUGCCCGCCGGUGGCCUGUGCCCGACCCGUGCUCCGCAAGGGACAGUGCUGCCCUUACUGCCUCGACGCCACCCCCAAGGCUGUGUGCCACUUCAAUGGCAAGACGUACCUGGACGAGGAGCGCUGGGACAUCGACAGCUGCACCCACUGCUACUGCCUGCAGGGCCAGACGCUCUGCUCCACCGUCAGCUGCCCCGCCCUGCCCUGCCACCAGCCCAUCAUCGCAGAGGGCAGCUGCUGCCCCAUGUGCCCCGAGAUGUACGCGCCAACCAAUGUUCCCAUUGAGAAGACAGACCAUCGUGGGGACAAGACGCCUCACCAGCCAGCCUGGCCUACACACAGCGAGAACGACAUCAUGCCCCAGUUUAGAGGUGACUUUGGCAGUCUGCAGAUGCCCUACCUGGAUGGCAAGGCGCCGGUGUCGCGCGAGGAGGGCGCGCUGCAGUCGGUGGCCUGGGUGGCGCUGCCCGUGGCCGUGAUGUUCCUGCUCAUCACCAUUCUGCUGCUGCUCAACCAGAAGAAGCAGUGGAUCCAUGUGCCAUGCUACCGCACUCCCACCAAGCCCACCUGCCUAAACAACCAGCUGGUGUACGUGGACUGUCAGAAGGGCACCAAGGUGCAGGUGGACAGCGCCCAGAGGAUGCUGCGCAUGGCCGACCCCGACUCCAGAUACAGCGGCUACUACAGCAUGCAAAAGCACAACAACUUGCAGGCGGACAACUUCUACCAGACCGCCUGAGCUGGAGGUGGACGGAUGGGUGGAACGAAAGAGAGAGAGUGAAAGAGAGAGAGAGAGAGAGAGAGUGCAGAGAGAGAGACUUACGGCAUAUGGAGUGAUGGAGAAAUGGAUGGAUGGAGAAACUGAGGAAUGAAGAGCGAUGAGACGCAACGGAGUGGGGUGCAGAGGGAAAGAAAGAGACUUUUGAGUGUGUGUGUGAGAGAGAGAGAUCCGUGGCAGCCCAAACACAGAGAAACACGUAAAAACCAUCUGAUAUGAGAAGAACUGGGGGAGAUGAGAGAACGGAAUAAAGCCAGACGGGAGCUAGGAAAGAAACAUGCAACAACAACAAAAAAAGACAUUGGCCUGAAACACGAUCCACUCACCAAACCAACAGAGAAAAAAGACAAGUAAAAGCAACAAAACUUUUUUCGAGAAAAAAAGAGACAGAAAUUAACCCUUCAUGCAUUUACACAAAAAACAACAGAACAACAAAACAAACAAAAGACAACACAGCUGAAAAUCCCAUCCAGACAUGACACUCCACAACUCCACAAACCAAAUGCAGGAAUGAUGAUCAUUAUUUCAAUGGGAGAUGAGAACUGUUCCUAAGUGUGUGUUUGAAAGAGAUGUGUGUGUGUGUGAGUGUGUGUGUGUGUGUGUGCGUGCGUUUGUGUGUGUGUGUUUGUAUGCCAUAUUCGUCUGAAUGAGUUUGUGGGCGUGUACAGGUACAGGUGUGUUUUGUUAAAAAUCAAAUGUAGUGGAUUUUGGACGUUUGGUGUUUCCUUAUUUGUUUGUUUUGACAGUUAUUUUUUUCCUGCAUUCCUGUUCAGUCGUGUUUCUUUUUUUUUUUCGGUGAAAGAUAUUCUUUCCCAAGGACACAACUGCAACCCCCCCAACCCCAUCCCUCCCCAUCCCCUCGCCUCCCCUCCUCCUGUAUGUGUACCAGUGUGACUGUGGACACUUAGUUUGCCCCGCUGUACCAAAGCUCUCCGUGUCUAUCCCAUAGUAACCCAUCCCCUGGAGGACUGUCGUCACUGCAGGGACCUUUCGAACUUUCUGGAGUUACAGCAAAAGAAAGAGGGAGGAAGGAGGGAGAGGAAAGGAAAGGAACACAUGAACAUGAUUGAGAGAGGGGGAGAGAAAAAGAGUGAAUGGGGUCUGAACAGCAAGGCAGACCCAGUUUGGAGGUCCACCUCUUCGACACAUCAUCUUUACCACAUGUCCAUGUACUGUACUGAUCCGAUCCGAUGCUUUUCCUACAGCCUUCGUCAGGCAAAGAGGAUGAAAUGAGAGACAAAAAAGAGGAGAAGAGGAGGAGUUGCAGGAGGAGAAGAAGGAGGCACCAGUUUAUUGACAACACUCGUCAUUGUCAGUCACCCGUUUGGACUUGUCGUCAGAGUGUGUUUUGGGCUUCUCUCGUUUGAUUUCCUUUUAUUAUACUGUAUUGAUUUGUUUUCGGUUGAUGGUUUUCAAUGCACAGUUGAGAUGGAAGCCAGAUAAGGGGAUUACUCUGGAACAGAGCAGAGCAGAGCAGAACAGAGUUGAAAUCUGGAUUCACUCCAGAUGAAAAACGGAUCCACUCCAGUCAGUGGAUGAUGACAGAGGAGUGAGAAUUAGGAUUGAUUUAGUGACCUCUUAAUACGAGUGUCCUGGAGAUCUGACUGACUUCCUCUCAGUCCAUGUGUACUUGUGUUUGAUAUAGACCAGUAUAAAAAUAUGACAUUAGGACAAAGCAUUGCGCACAGGUGACUGGUUUUGGAUUUGAGCAGAACGCUUGACGGAAGUGCUGCUUUUUUGUUUUUUCUUUUGUUUUGUUUUUUCUUUUGUUUUGUUUUGUUUAUGUUUUCAUCCUGGCUUUGUUUCUUUUAGUCCACUAGAGGGAGUGCUGAGUCAGUGCAUAGAUCAUUAUACGAACGCUCCAUUAGAGAAGAUUCAGCCGUCACAAAAUAUAGUAGAAUCAAAGAAGAGUGCAAAUAUUAUUAUUAUUAUUAUUAUUAUUAUUAUUAUUAUUAUUAUUAUUGUUAUUGUUAUUAUUAUUAUUUUCUUUCUUUUUUUCAGAUGAAUACAAAGUCUUUUGUCGUUGUGUUUUAACAUGUGUCCCUGCUCUUUAAGAUGUUUCACAAUGAUGGCGGUAUCCAAGCACCUUCUGUGUUGAUCCUUUUUUUUUCGUUUUGUUGAAAAAGUAAUUGGCUUUGAUAAAAAAAAUCUUUUGAAAUGUGUUAUAGGAACAUCUGCCGUGUGUACAUAGCAAUCCUGCAUCAAAAGACCGGGAAUAAAUGUGUGAAUAUAAAUGUAGGUAUGUAAUGUAUGUAUGUAUCUAUGUAUGUGUGUAGUCUGGGCGUGUGUGUGUGUGUUUGAGUGCGAGCAUGUGUAUUUGACAGCGUGUGUGUUUGAUGUGUACGCACAGCAACCCACAUGCAUGUACAUUCUGAUAUUAAUUUUAUUAUUUUACUCCUUCACUCUUAAUAUUUCGGUUUUCCUGUUGAAUGUAUUUAUAAUGCAGAAAAAAACAACGUUUGUUUUUUGUUUAAAUCUAAAAGCAACAGCGGAGGUAUCUUAGUGGUAACGGGCAUUCCUCUGCCUUGCCUGUUCUCUCAGGAGAGCUGGGUAAAAGAAAAAAAAGAAAGAGAGAGAACGAAAAGAAUCAAAAUUGAAAAAAUAGAAAAGGCAAACAUCUCAGUAUACUGUAUAUUCUUUUUUUUUGUUUUAAGAUAGUUGUGUCUUGUCCACGAAUGCUCUCCACAUGUCCCCGUAAGUCAUCCUAACAUGGUGGAGCGACUUUCUGAACAGUCAGUGUCACUUGUCUCUCUCUCUUCCUCUCCCUCUUUGAUUUUUUGUUUGUUAUGUUCCGUUUUGUUGUUCUUUCUUUUGCUUCUGAUGUCCAAACCACUGGAAAGUCGAUCAGCAUAAGCUGUUAGGAGCGAGAGAAAGAUAGAGAGAGUGGGAGGGGUGCAAAAGGUGAGAAGGAGAGCGAGAGAGAGAAAAGUAAAAGAAAGGGAGGGCGGGUGGGUUAGGGAUGGGUGGGGAAACGAGGGGAAGAGAGAGAGGGAGGGAGGGGCUGAAAAACUUGUGAUAGGUCGGUCGUCUUUUUGGGUGUAUUUAAAUCUGUCUGUCUGGCGAUGUAAGUAGAAUUCUUGGCACUUUUAUAUGUAGAGAGAAAUGAACCGUGUGUGUGCGUGUGUUUGUGUGUGUGUGUGUGUGUGUGCUUGUGCAUGCGUGUGUGCCUGUGUGCGUGCGUGAGUGUGCAUAUGUACACAACUUUGUGUGUGAGAGAGUGUGCCUUUUAUUGUUAGACUUUAUUUUUUAAUUAAUUUCCUUUUCUUAAAAAAAGCCUUGCCCUUCCAAAUCCUGGGGGACCCAGUGCUGUGGUAAAUUUAGGACUUGGUAGUCAGUAAAAAAGCCGUUUUACAGUGAAACACAUGCACGUACACAUUCUUGCCAAGCUAUCCUCUCACUGACUCCAAUUUACAUACCAAAACAAUCCUUAAACCUAACCUGUCCGUAAAAAAAUAUUUUGGCGCUUUAAGUUUUACCAGUAACAACAAAAUAAUGUAGAUUUUUUUUUAAAGGGCCCACAUUUUAGUACCCACAAUGGUAGUUAGGUAACUACACACACACACACACACACACACACACACACACACACACACACACACACACACACACACACACACACACACACACACACACACACACACACACACACACACAAACAAACAAACAAACACAUACACACACACGCACGCACGCACACACACACACACACACACACACACACACACACACACACACACACACACACACACACACACCUGUAACAAACAACUGUACUGUACAAACACCUUACAUUUUCAGAACAAGCCUGAAAACCAUUAUAUGUUCCAUGGUGUUAAAAAGGAUACCAAGACAGAGAUUUUGCCGUUUACUGUACAUGCAUAUGCAUGCAUACAUUAGUAACUCAUUAUGAAUAGUAAUCUCGCUCUAUAACGCACACACAGGCACACACGUUUUCAAACAUGAUGGAGCACUGGGAAGCCCUUUUUCAGGAUUCAUUUCCCCCUUGUCAGACCUAACUGCCUCCUAAUAUAUUAUCCCUUGUCAUACAUACAGUCGGGUGUGUGUGAGGUGUACUGUAUGUGUGGGUGUAUGAGGUCGAUGGUUAACGAAGUUUCUGUUCUGCAGAUGACUGGCUUUUUUUCACAUUGAUGAUGGUGGUGUACUGUGCCGUCAAGUGUAAGCUCAUCACAGGUGUGUGUGUGUGUGUGCGUGCGUGUGCGUGUGCGUGUGUGUUUGUGUGUGUGUGUGUGUGUGUGUGUGUGUGUGUGUGUGUGUGUGUGUGUGUGUGUGUGUGUGUGUGUGUGUGUGUGUGCAAAGGGGCUUUUUGGGGACGAAACGUGUAUUUUUUUUCUUUUCCUUUUCAGUGCAUCUUCCAAGUAUUGUUGUAAAUACUUGGGUGUCACUUGCCAAAACAAAAUAUGACAAAAAUACAAAAAAAUGGUUCAAAAAAAGAGAGAGAGAAUAAAAAAACCCUCUAGAUUUAAUUUAUUGUUUUAUUGACCUUUUUAAAUAAUUUAUUAACAAGCAAGAGAAAGUCAAAAGAACUCAUACCUGAAUGUUCUACAGGAGCAUGGAAAGUAACAUCGAUGCAACUGAAUUGUGAUUUUUUUUUUCCCCCUCAUGACAUUGUGUCAUUGUGUGAAAAAAAAAUGAAAGUGAGCAUGCGUGGAACAAAAGAAAAAGAAAAAGAAAACAAUUGAGAGUGUGUUCUGAUUUAAACAGAGUGCAACAAUACACAUUUCUCAUUAAUGUCAGGUUGUUACUUUUUUUUCUUUUUGUUUGCCCCCAGUCCUCUACUCAAAAUCCCAAUCCACUCUCCCCAAUCCACUAUUGAUUUGUAUUGUCUGAGCACGAAGAAUAAGCUGGAAAGAAAAACAAGCCUGGUUUUCAGGUCCCUCUUAAAGAGAACUUCAAUCUCCCCCCUCGUGAGCUCGGAUAUGGUUUUGUUGUGUUUUUAUUUUUAUUUUAUUGUUUUCCUUUUUAUCUACAUUUCUUAAUCCUGGUUUUCUCUUUCUGUUCUUCUUGUAUUUUUGCAGAGAAGUCCCUCUACAGUCUGUAUACUACUGGUGUUCUAUGCUUGUGUAUAAAGAGCGACAGAGAGAACAAAUAUGUUGAUAUUGAUAAUAUUGCAAAAAAAAACAAUAUUUUUAAAAAGGAUAGAUGAAGAUUUGACUCGGAAUUCCUGUAGCACAGCAGAUUUUUUUAAUUCUCUUGUAUUAUUUUUGUUUGUUUCUUUGCAGCACAAUAAAUAAUUUGAAAAUA